AUGUGGGUUCUGCGGCCGGCGGCGUUGCGGGCUCCGAGGGGGCUGACCGUCUUCCAAGGGAGGCGGCUGUCGGGAACUGCUGCUCAGCCACAUGGUAAAGGAAAUGUUGAUGAAUCUGCACUCCGGCCACUGUACUUGGAUGUCCAAGCAACUACCCCUCUGGACCCCAGAGUUCUGGACAGCAUGCUGCCAUAUCUUGUGCAUUAUUAUGGCAAUCCACACUCCAGAACUCAUGCAUAUGGUUGGGAGAGUGAAUCAGCCAUGGAAAAAGCCAGACAACAAGUUGCAUCAAUAAUUGGAGCAGAUCCUAGAGAAAUAAUUUUUACCAGUGGAGCAACAGAAUCAAACAAUAUAGCAAUCAAGGGUGUUGCAAGAUUCUAUAAAUCCAGAAAGAAACACAUAAUUACCUCACAAACUGAGCACAAAUGUGUGCUAGAUUCUUGUCGUGCCUUAGAAGCUGAGGGCUUUAAUGUUACAUACUUGCCUGUAAAGAAAAAUGGGAUUAUCGAUUUAAAGGACCUAGAAAAUGCAAUACAACCAGACACAAGCUUGGUUUCAGUAAUGACUGUGAAUAACGAAAUAGGAGUGAAGCAACCAGUUAGUGAUAUUGGUCAUAUCUGCAGUUCCCGUAAAAUUUUCUUUCAUACAGAUGCGGCUCAGGCAGUUGGAAAAAUUCCUCUGAAUGUCAGUGAUAUGAAAAUUGACUUAAUGAGCAUCAGUGGUCAUAAAAUCUAUGGUCCCAAAGGGGUUGGUGCAAUUUAUAUUCGGCGCCGGCCAAGGGUAAGAGUGGAACCCCUACAGAGUGGAGGAGGCCAGGAGCGAGGAUUGCGUUCUGGGACUGUGCCAACUCCGCUUGUAGUUGGCUUUGGAGCAGCUUGUGAAUUGGCGCAACAAGAGAUGGAGUAUGACCAUAAGCGAAUUAGCUUGUUAGCUGACAGACUAGUUACAAAAAUAAUGGCAGAAAUUCCUGAUGUGGUAAUGAAUGGAGAUCCAGUGGAUCGUUAUCCAGGUUGCAUCAAUUUAUCCUUUGCUUACGUGGAAGGAGAAAGCCUAUUGAUGGCUCUUAAAGAGGUGGCUCUCUCGUCUGGAAGCGCUUGCACAUCUGCAUCUUUGGAACCAUCGUAUGUAUUGCGUGCAAUUGGAACUGACGAAGACUUGGCUCAUUCAUCCAUAAGGUUUGGUAUUGGUCGUUUUACUACUGAAGAAGAACUAGAUUAUACAGUAAAGAAAUGCAUACACCAGGUCAAGAGAUUAAGAGAGAUGAGCCCACUGUGGGAAAUGGUACAGGAUGGAAUUGACUUGAAGAGCAUUAAAUGGACACAACAUUAAGCAAGCAGACCACUUGUAAUCUUGGACUGCAUCAAUGUAUAUUAAACAGAUAUUUUAUGUACAUUCCUGAGUAAAAUCAAGUGGCACUUUCCCAUGGUUUAAAAUAUACAAUCUAAACACAGAGUUUGGAA